AAAAAAUAAUAAUAAUAAAGCCCAAAGUUCCCAUUUUCCUAUACCUUCGUUGCAUCUCCUCUCCAAAAACCCAAACCCUAGAUCUUACCUUCUUUGAAUCUACUCUCCAAAACCCCCAACCCUAGACCUCACGUUCUCGUCUCUCCUCUAGGGUUUUAGGCCUUGAAUCGCAGAAAGAUUGGAUGUUGUUGUAGAUGGAUUGACAAGAGCAGAAGCUAUUAGAGUUGUUGAUGCAGAUCAUGCUCGUCACUUUUGCUGUAGUCGCAUUUGUUGUGGGCUACUCCAUCGGUUCUUUCCAGACCAUGCUACUAAUCUAUGCCAGUGGUGUCAUUCUGAUAACACUGGUUACCGUUCCCAACUGGCCAUGGUUCAAUCAUCAUCCGCUGAAUUGGUUGGACCCCAUUGAAGCGGAACGGAAUCCAAAGCCUCAACCAUUGGCUUCAAAGAAGAAACUAUCUUCAUCAUCAGAAGUAGGUCUUGAGAUGAAACUUGAUUUAUUGUGGUUUUCAAUUUUAUGCAAAGCCGUAGUUGGAACUCUCGAUCUUUAGUUGCUGUUUUAGUACUAUAUGAUAGCAGAAAGAAACAUCUUUGCAAUA